GUGCGUGCUGAGGGGGCUCAAGUAAAUGUGUUAUGCAUGAGAACUACACCGGUGCAUGACACAUAAGCCGGGUGUGUGUGCUGCAAGCUGAGUUUAGUGUGUCAAACUUUUUUUUAAUCACGGAUUAACAUUUUUUUGUUAAAGUAAUGAUUACACAGAAUGAGUAAAGAACAAAAGAUAGUGCUGUGAUAACAAGGUCUUGGAAGUUCCUUGGAUCAAAAUGCUACGUUAAAUGUUAUUUCAUUGAUCUUGUGCUUGAAGGAGCAAAAGUUGUGUCUUUUCAAAUCGAGCACAUUCUUGGAUUAGUUUCGAUUCGAAAACAAACAAAAGUAAGAUGACUUCCAGGAGGUGCUGUGGAUAUUCUUGUCCAGGAUUAACGAGUCCCGGUGGAUUAUAUCUAUCUGCUGUGUUAGUGCUUGUGUUGAUAUGUGCCUGUGAAUCGAUUGUGUUUUUGGGGGAGAGAGAGACCUAUGCCAAAUACCCCAAGUGGAACGCCUGCAGCAACGCCUCCAUCCAGUUCGAAUUUAAAACCACACAGAAGGAUGGGCUGUUGAUGUUUACUGACGACAGGGGACAAUAUGAUUACCUGCAGGUGGCUAUUGUAGAUGGUUCGGUCCAUUUAUGGAUCAACUUUGUCCGGGAGAUUAACCAGAACUUGACCAUUGCCUUGGGCAAAGAUCUCAAUGAUGGCAGAUGGCAUAAUGUGGCCGUCAAGAGAAACCGAAUGGAGAGUACCCUGGAAGUGGACAAUAACCAAUUCAGUAGGGUCUCCUUCGGUUCUGACUUCAAUUUCGGCGACUUUCUGGAGACCAACAACUACAUGUACUUUGGGGGUCUGCCUCUCCUAUACAACAGAAGCGUCUCCAACGCCGUGCUGCCCGUGUCCGUCCAGAACACGCCCUUCGUGGGCGAGAUCAGGAACAUCCUUUACUUCAACUGCUCGUGUAUGCCCGUCAGGCCAAGUGUGAUAGAAGAUAGAGGCACCAGUAGGAGACCCCAGGAAGCCUGUGAGAUCAGGAAUCCCUGUGAUAAGAAUAAGGACAAGUACUGUGUGUGUAUCAGCGCGGAUGAUGGCCCAGGAUGCCAGUGUAUCUAUAAACAGAAUUGCCUGAAAGACUUGUUGGCUGACUAUGUGCUUCCAAUGGACAGCAUUAGAGGAGACAUCAUACAGAACCCUUCAGGCCUGGAUGCCAAAGUUUAUGGAGGGGCUGAUCUUGUGAGAGGUGUUCAUGAAAUGGCCCUGAAAAUUGAUGGUGUGUCUCAGUGGCUAAGAGUGACUGGAGCAGCCCACAAGGGGGAGUGUUUUGGUGAUCUGUCCCAUUGUUCUAAUGGGUACUAUGUUGGGCUGUGGGUCCAGUUUGUAUCUCAGCCUACAAGGAAAGCAGUCUACAUGUCCAAUGGUGGGCACUCGCCUGAUGGGCAUGGCAUAGCCAUGUAUUAUUACGACAAUGGGCUGGAAUUUGUUUUCAAAACUAAGGACGGUAAAGAAUGGAGAGCUGAGGCCCGAGAUAUUUUUCCAGGCAGAUGGUACCAUGUGGCUGCCUCAUGGGCAAGUGACAAAGGAUUGUUUGUGUAUGUGAAUGGUGAACAGGCAGCUUCCUCACAGCAGUCCCGUAGAGUUUCAGCUUCUCAGAAUGGUGGUCAGUUCAAGGAUUUUGUAAUUGGCAGGUCCAAUGAAAGAACUGGCCAUGACCAGCAAGUGCCAAUGAUAGUGGAUGAUUUCAUUUUCAAGUCUUCUUUUGAGACACCAGAAAAUGUGAAGGAAGAAGGCCCAGCAUUUCUCUAUUAUCUUCCCAUGGAGAAAAUCACCAGAGAUAGAUUAGAGAUGACCGGUGGAAGUGCUAAGAUUGUUGGUCAAGUGCAGACAGUUCCAGGCCUGAUAGGAAAUGCCUUAAGUUUUACAUCCAGAGGGGAAUAUGUUGAUCUUGGAGAUGCCUCCAAAAAAUGUCUGGGUGACCUAGAUAUAUGCAAGCAUGGUUUCUACAUCUCAUUCUUCAUUAAGUUUCAAAGAAUUGAUGGUGCACGAAGCUACAUUUUUAGUUCUCCUCAUGGAAUGGACAUCUACAGAUCUGGGUCUCUUUUUGUUGCUUCUGCUCAGAAAGGAAGCAGCAUUUGGGAAGCCCAGUACAGAGAUCUCAUCAGCGAUGUCUGGUAUUUUGUAGAGGUCAGCUGGUCGAUGGAUGGUGGCAUCGUGUUGUAUGUCAAUGGUGAGGAAGUGGACAGGCAAGUUCUUGAGCGCCCCAUCCGAGAGCCAAGGGUCACCUCCGAAAUGAAAGUCUUUCUUGGGAGAAGCAAUCAGGGGUCACGCACAGAUCAGCUGGCUCAUGCAGAAUUGGAUGAAAUGAACAUUUUCUACGGUACCAGGGAUAUGCUUGGCUCUUUGGGAUACAUCCCUACAGAUCGACCUGAAAAUUAUCAUAUUGAUUUUGAGAACAUCCAAGGCAACAGGGUUUUGCAUGAUAGGCUCUCAAUCAACCUUUAUGGCUCUCCAAGGCAGGCUAAUGGCAAAGUGGGGCGUGCUCUUAAGCUGAAUGGUGUGAAUGACUAUGCUGACAUUUAUGUUGAUAGUGAUGGAUGUUUUGCUGAUCUCACAUUGUGCCAACAUGGAGUCCUUUAUUCCAUGUGGAUUCAUCCAGAUAGACUGCGUGACAACACAUACUUCCUGUCUUCUGGCAACAGGGGGAUCACUCUUUUAUACAGAGGUGGCUCCUUAAAUGCUGUAGCUGAAACAGCCACGCAGAGAUGGGAGGCUUCCACACCAAGCCUGGAAGUCAACAAGUGGAACUUUGUUGAAGUGUCAUAUCAUCCUGUCAGAGGAUUAAAGCUCUUUGUUAACAAUGAGCUCAAAGCUCAGGACGCAUCACCCGAGAGGUUCAGUUCCCAGAGCUCAUCAGACCGUAGCAGAUUUUUCUUAGGUAGAGGAAAGACAUCAGAGUCUGGUUCAACUUUGGCUGAAGCUACUUUUGACGAGAUGGAAUUGUGGCAGGCUGAUAGGGAUUACCUGGCUUCCCGCGGAUACAUACAGCGCACUCGGCCAAAGAAUUAUCUCAUUACUUUUGAAGAAUUGAUUGGUGAAGACAGGCUAAAGCAUCCCACCUUAAAUAUUAACCUGAUGCAGCGACCCAUGUUGAUUCCUGGAAAGGUUAACAAUGCCUUGGAACUUAGUGGUCGAGGACAGUAUGCUGACCUUGGCCGCCACAAUGAUGAGUGUAUGAGUAACUUGUAUUUAUGUAACCAGGGUAUCACUAUUGCAGCUUGGAUGAGGUUUCAUCGUUUUGAAAACAACAUGGUGUUCUUGUCCACUGGUGAGAACGGUAUUCUAAUGAUGUACAAAGAUGGCUACAUUCAGUUCAGUGUCGCUGGCGACAAUAUCAUCACUGUUCCUAGGUUUGAUACAGAGAGGUGGUACUUUGUUGAGAUUACUUGGCACCCAAAGACUGGCUUGAAGGUUUAUGUGGACAAUCAGCUGAGAGAGAAGUCAGACAAGACCUUUACACCUAGAUCUUCUGCACGUGGAAACUUUUACAUUGGUUACCCUAACUCUGGUGACAUUUACACCAGCAGAUACGCCAAUGGUAUCCUGGAUAUUGAUGAGUUGGAAAUCUGGUACAGUGGCAGAGAGGAUCUUCUAGCUUUUGGAUAUAUCAACCGAGAGGAUUACAAUUAUUCAAACACAAAUAAUCUUGGGUACGAGUCCUUUUCAUUCGAUAUGUCUGAGGGAUCUCGUGUGAUUCACAAUAAAUACCUCGUCACCCUUUAUAAUGAUGCCAAACUUGCUUCCGGAAGAAUGGGCAGUGCUGUAAGUCUCCUUGGGCAGAGGCAGUAUGUUGAUUUGGGAGAGCACUACCAGAGAUGUUUUGGCAACAUUGACCUCUGCUCUCAUGGGUUCACUAUGUCUGUCUGGCUAAAUCCACGUGAUCUACGGGAAGGAACCACAUUCAUAUCAGCUCCAACUUACAACAUAGGCUACCAGAAUGGUAGGCUCAGGGCUGAAUUCCAGGAUAAAACAAAAAGGUGGACCACCUCAAGCAACAGGCUUCGAUCUGAUGAGUGGCAGAGGCUAACAAUGGCUUGGCACCCUAAGAAAGGUUUGUCCAUGUACCUGAAUGAUGAGCUAGCUGAUGAGGACACAAGGGGCAUUGAUGCCCCACAGCGUGACCAGCCUCUCUCAGAACAUGUGUAUAUAGGUCGUCCUCUAUCUAGUGAUAGACUGACCACCAACAUGAUGGCAGAUGAACUUCAGGUAUGGUACGAUGACUUGACACAGCUGAGGGCCACUGGACAGUAUAAAGUUCAAGCAGUGCCUAUAAACAUCGUGUUUGAUGAUUUCCGCAACAAUUACUACAGAUUAAAGGACCGUGAGAUUAGAGCUUUUGGAGAUUAUCGUAUUGAACAAGGUCGUAGUACUGGAAGUAAAGCCAUUUAUCUCUAUGGUACAACUAGCUACUUGGACCUCGGAAACAACUUCACUUGUGGAGGUGAUUUAAACAGCUGCUAUCAAGGUGCAACCAUCAGGCUGGGGAUCAGACCAGAUCAAUUAAAAGAAAACACCUAUUUCCUCGAUUCCUUUCCAGUGAAGAUCUAUUAUCAGAAUGACAGACUUUAUGGUCAGCUCCAGACACCCACCCAAAUUUGGACAGUCAAUUCACGGGAGAUUGAACCUGGAAAAUGGCAGAGGGUGGAGCUAACAUGGCAUCCAAAAGAAGGACUGAUGAUGUACAUCAAUGGCAGGAAAGUAGACUCUCAGAGAUAUGGUUCUGACCAGCAGGUCCAACCGCCAACAGAUUGGAAGACCUACUUUGGUCGUAGCCUUGAGGGUAGAAGUCCACAUGUUCAGGGAUCUGUAGACAGCAUAGAAUUUUGGACUGCCUACAGAGAUUACCUUCCAGAGGAUGGUUACUUGAGGCUUCCACCAUAUCAACCUCCUCGACCUCCCCCUACCACCUACAGGCCUGAUUCAUCAGAUAAAACCUUUGAUAUAAUAGGUGACAUAAGCACUGAACAAAGGACUCCUCGGCCUUCUCAGCAGAGGCGAGUUAAGAUCAUUGACUUCAAUGGCGCUGCCAUGGUCAAGUUUAACUUCCAUGAGCUCCCACCUGAUUACCUGAAAAGGAUGCAAAAGGAGGACUUCCAGUUCUAUUUCUACUCUCGUGGCCGAGCUGAUGGACUUCUGUGGUUGCAUGAAGACACUGAGCGCAAGAUGUACAUUGCAUUAAAGGAUGGUUACCUAAUCUUUGUCAUUGAUGACUACACAGGGCAGCCUCGUGUUAUUAACAUUGGCCAGCGAGAUGGUGUUCGAUUUGAUGAUAGUAGAUGGUACUUGUUCAAGAUGCAUAGGGAUGGAAGAACUAUCACAAUGACUGUUGAUGAUAAGUACCCAGAGACAUUCAUGUUCUCGAGAAACAUGCAGCUCCUAUCUCCUGGCUAUGUCUAUCUUGCUGGCACAGAAAACACCUACAGAUCCACUAAUGGCAAUAUUGUAAGAAACUUCAAUGGUGGUAUGGCCCAGGUAUUAUAUCAAGGUGAGCGUAUGGAAGGGUCCCAACCAUAUAUACAGGAAGUUAACCUUAUAACUCAGUUUGGAGAUAAUUUUGGAGAAGGAAUCAAAAUUGUUAAUCAGACUUGGUAUGAAACGGUUACAUCUUCGCCUGAUCCAGUGGUUACUAGGGCACCCCGACCCCGUCCUACUUGGCCUGAUCCUGGCCCUGAGAUCACUGUACCCACAGUGGCCACUAGAACCCCCCGACCCACACUUCGUCCUACUACUCCACCACUGCCACCAUUGACACAAGUCACCAUCAAGGAUAAAACAACUUACUUCAUUAUUCAGGAGUCCUUCAUACCCUCCUCUGGCAACAGUUUGUCCUUUAAGUUCCAAACCAUCAAGAACAAGGCUCUACUCUUGUAUGCAAUGAGCAAUAUUGCUGGAAAAAAUUUCUUUGAGUUUGAGAUCUAUGAUGGUCUGUUGUACUUUGUGUACAACUUUGGAGGCACCACCAAAAGGAAGCUCAUCUCUAACUCUGAAGUAUCUGAUGGCCAGUCUCAUGAGCUGUCUAUUAGAUUUCAACCCAAUCAGAUAAUUAUCAAUUUAGAUGGAAGUUCCGUCAGGAUUCCCCUGGAACAAAAUGAACAACUGCCAACAACUCCAACCAAAGUACAUGUAGGUGGCUACAUAUCUUAUGAUCUACUCCCAUGGCACACCUGGGCCAGAAGUAACUAUCAGGGCUGCCUGGAAGACUUUAAGAUGAAUUCUCAAACAGUUGAUUUUAAAUCUUUAGUACAAAAUCUGCCAGCCAAGCAAGUUGAAAGCAUCUGUGUUGCAAUGCCUCAAGAGUGUUCAUCACGUCCCUGUACAAAUGGCUACUGCUUAAACCAAUGGGGAGGCUACUACUGUGACUGCAGAGCCACUGAGUUUGCUGGGCUACAAUGUGGAGAAUAUGCAUUAACUGGAGUGUACAAUGGUAGCACCUACAACAUUGUCAGGUUCCAGCCAUCGAGGCAGUAUCAUGUUAAUGAUAUCUCAUUCAGGUUUAAAACAUUAUCGCCCGAUGGUUUGAUUUUCCAAACCAGGGACAGGAGUGAUAAAAGUUUCAUUCGUGCUGAGUUGGUUGGAGGCCGUGUCAGAAUAACCAUGUUCUUUGAUGGAAAAACCAAUUCAUUUUUUGUUGGAGAUGAAAACUUAAAUGAUUUACAGUGGCACACUAUAUUUGUUCAGCGUCGAGGCAAUCAUUUGGAAUUUUGGGUUGACGACAAGCCACAUCGCAAAGAAAUAUUGCCUGCGGUGGACUUCAAACUGAACAUUGAUGAACUCUAUGUUGGUGGUGGCACAGGGGACAGCUCCUUUAAAAACUAUAUUGGUUACCUGCAGAACUUUUUCAUAGAGAACAUCGAUGUAUUCCAUGAUCUCAAUGUUAAUUAUGGACCUCUCCCACGUUCCAACCAGCUUCCACCACUGAUCUUCAAUGGAGUCACCUUCCCCCACUACCAGAGUUUUCUUCAGCUUCCCACUCUGAGUUUUUCUCCCAAGCUCAAUAUUCAUUUCUUGUUUAAAACCAAUGACCCCAAUGGUGUGAUUCUCUUCAGUGAGGGAAGGAACAAUGAGUUGUUUGCUGUGGAACUGUUUGAUGGCAAAAUUCAUGUAAAGAUUGACAUUCCAGGCAAGCCUCCACUGCGUAUUUCAACUCCUGAAAAUCGCAGGUUUAACGAUGGCAACUGGCAUUCAGUCUCCAUUGUGGGGCAGACUGUGAAUGGUCAGAAACAGUUGUUCAUGACCGCUGAUGAACUGCAGUCCUCUAAUUCUUACUCUCUUAUUGACCAAAUUGUUCUGCAAGGUCCAUUGUAUAUUGGUGGUAUUUCUGAAUCUGUCAGCCAGAAAGCAAAUGUUAAAACAUUCCUCUCAUCCAAGACUGGAUACCGAGGUUGUUUGGCUUCUGUGUAUCUUGGAACAGGGCUCCCAAAUCUUUUGGAGGUUGCUCAGGGGCAGAAGGUCAAUGUCCUCAACUCCUGUCAAGACAUUGUUAGCCAAUGUACUAAGACUACCUGUAAAAAUGGCGGUGUGUGUCAUGACCACCUUAACAAUGGGACCACAUGGUGUGACUGCUCAAGGACAGGCUACGGUGGACCACUUUGUGAAGACGAACCAUUGGGAUAUUACUUCCGUAAUGAACGUAAGAUAGACUUGUAUGGAAUGUUGAUCCACCGCACAGCUUUGAAAAGUGAACAUGAGCAAGAUGAAAUUGUUUUUGGACUCAUGACUGAUGAGAAGAAUGCUGUCCUUGUCAAACUCAUCUCUAAUAUUUUUGAUGACUUUGUGGAAAUCAAAUUGGUGGAUGGCUAUGUGGUAGCAACAUAUGACACCGAUGGCAAGGGUGGUGCCCAAACCACAAUAACCAAUACUGAUGUGAUGGUCAGUGAUAAACAGUACCACAUCAUCAAGUUGUUAAGGACCAAGGAUAAGGGAGUGCUCACAGUGGAUACAGUCUCCACAACAAACACCCAUGCUAGCGCACAUGGUAAUUUCAAUGCUUUAGAAAAAAUCUUCAUUGGUGGAGUCUACCAAGGCAAAAAAAUACUUGACGGCUAUCAUGGAAUAAUUGCAGGUUUGUUUGUUAAUGAUAAGCUAAUCUUUAAUGAGAAGUUGGAAUUCCAGAAUGAUGUUGUACAGGCUACGCAUCCAUUCAUCAUUGGCAAAAUUGAACAACACAGCACUCAAGGGUGGAUUACAUCAUCUCCAACUCCUGUGAUUACAACACCGCCUCCUGCAUUGAUUCCAGUGAUACCACCUAACAUAGGUGGUGGUGGCAUUGCUGGAUUUGGUCCUGAUGUUGUGGUAUUUCCUGAUCUGAGUGGAGGAUCAGCAGAUGAUCUCACCAAUCUUGGACCAAUAGGGGAUCCAGUUGCAGCCGCUCAGAUAUCUGUCAUACCAAGUCUUCCUGCAGUUGGUCCCAGAGCUGGUGCAGUGAUGGGAACUAUCUUGGGUCUUGCUGCUCUUGCAAGCAGUCUUAUGUGGGCUUUUUACAGGUGCAAGCCAGGUUGGUGUGCUGGCCUCAAACCAGCGGAAACACCUCUUAGCAUUUCUCCUCCUCGAUCCAACAUACCUCUAUUGAAGCAACAAGCAGCUGUUGGCUCUGCAACAGGUGCUGGAGGAGCAAUGUCUGGAUCAGGAGCUGGAGCUGGAGGAGAUGCUGAUGUCGUGGAUGCUGUUACCAUAGGUGCUGCCAGAGCUGUCGGCAUCAGUGGAGGAGUGGCAGGAGGCACCAUGCAGUCCAACAGCAGCUACUAUCAGCAGAGCUCAACCAAUGUCCACCAGAGAAGUGAUAGCUAUGACUCGGCCACUCUGAGAGCCACUGGCACGUUUACUAAUAAAGGCACAGCUAUAGGCACACCAAGAAUGGGCCGCCACCAGAUGGGAUCAACCUCUGCCAGCUACACUGAGAGCAAUGUAGCCAUUACCCCAGCUUCCCUUCAGUCUUACCACUUUGAAGGAGGAAACAGUACUGCUGAUUAUGAUGUGGCUUCAGGUGUACAUUCUGGCUACCAAGGUAACACAUUGACCUCUGGUGGUGGUGGCGGCUACUCCACAUCUACAAUGUCUUCCAACUAUAAUUACACAGUGAAAACAAUACGAAAUGUCGGUGGACAGCAAGCUGCCAUGGGAUAUGCUGCUGGAAGCUUGUCUAAUGUAAUAGUCACUCCAGGUGCAAUGGGCGAAGAGAUCCGUGUAGAUUGUUGUCUUAUGACUGGGGAUGGACACAGUGUUGUCACAGGCUCCAGUCUGGGUCCACCUCAAGUCUGGAAUAUGUCAACAGGAGAGCUCCUGAGAAUAAUGCAUGGAGAAACUGUAGGCUCCACCAACCUUCAUCUUGUGUGCAAUGAUAAAUUAUUAGUUGGUGCCAUUAACACUGACCUAGAAAUCAAUCAAUAUUCUACACCUAAAGGGGUCCACAAUUAUCAAUUCCAAAUCUGGGACUUUGCCUCAGGACGUCCUCUAGAAAUGGCUCAGCAAGAAACCUGCUCUGCACUUACUGUUAUGAGUGAUAAUGAUAAAGUUGUCUUUGGCCGCUCUGACAAAUUUGGAGGUGGCACCAACAUUGUUGUCUGGGAUUUGAUGGGUAACCAGGCAAUCAAAGAAAUGAGAUAUGAUGCUCCUGUAGGCAACAAUGACUACAUCAGCUACAUUAGCUUAUCACAGAAUGAUAGAUAUGUGGUAGCUGGCUUCAACAACACAUUUGAUAACUAUGCAGAAUUUGUCAUCUUUGACAUGACCUUGACCUCUUACAACAUUUCCGAUCCCAACAUUCUCCGCCUCAAUGCAACUCCUGAAUGUACUGCCAUCCUGCCCCAUGAUGAAGCUGUUACUGGAUUGAGAAAUGGAGAUUUGGUGGUUUGGAGUCUACGCACGGGUCAGCCCAUACGUCAGCUGUUUUCAAACAAUGGUAAACAUGCACACACACGUGAGGUGAAGGCUGUGGCCAGAUCACAGGACAAUAAAUACUUGGUGUCUGCUUCUGCUGAUGGAACCCUGAAAGUCUUUGACCUGGAAACUGAGAGACACAUGAAUACAUUGUCUGGACACAAUGACGAGGUAUGGUGUGCCUGCAUUUCCUCUGACAAUGAAAUUGUGGUGUCUGGAUCCAGAGAUGGAACUAUCCGGUUGUGGCGCCUUAAGUCUGGCCAGGAAAUCUGUGCCUUUAAUGCUGGCGUGGAUGUCUUCUACAUUACCAUGAGCCAAGACAAGGGAACCAUUGUUGCCCUCGGUGACAAAUUCGGUGCCAGGAAGCUAAUCAUGCUUCAGGUUGUUCGCUCUAAGGUCAAGCGCCAGGUCCUGGCCUAAAUCACUAUUACUACAAUAGUAGCCAAUAACAACUCCUAGACACUAAGAACAUUGAAACAAAUAACAUAUAAUAAUUCUUCAGCCUUCGGUAAGAGAAACUCAUUAAUGCUAUCCUAGUUUGAAUAAAAAGUGAAAAUAUUGUACAACAGACAUACAAUAACUCAAACAUAGGUAGGCUAUAGUUUGAGCCAUGUAAAGUUAUUUUUAAAACUGAAGAUUUGUCAAUUUUGUAAUAUUUACAAAUUUCUGAACAAAAUUUGUAAUAAAUAAAUGUAUAAAUUUACUUGGAAUAUUAUAAAUAUACACUUAUAUACUGAUUUUGGUAUAGUAAUUUAAUAAAUUAUUUUAGCAAUUGUAUACAUUGUCAUGCUUUUAAUCAUAUGUACAAUUAUAUCGGAGUGAAUGUUACUGCUCUCUCAUUGAUCAACAUUAUGACUUUUCUGUUGGGGAUGUCUGAUUUUUUUAUUUUUUUUUGGUGGUCUUCACAUAGUGUUUUAAAGUGUGUGUAACAGCAACUAGCUUUUUAUCUUAUAUCUACAUAAAUAUUUGUGUAUGUGUGUGUAUUCAAGGUAAAGUGAAAGCACAGUGAGAUGUUUAUACAUUUGAAUAAUACAUUUGACUAAUAGCUCCCAUGUUUUCAGCUUACUCUUAAAAAAAAAAACGAAACAUUUAUAUUUUUCCUUCUCAAUUAGGAUAUACUGGACAUCUGCUUUUAAAAUAAAUGUAAAUCAAAACAUACCAAGAUGUUACCUCUAAAUUAUUUAUGAAGACUUGACCCUUAAUUUGUAUUUAAAUUUCAAAUCUGCAAUUUAUUUUAGAACUAGGUUCAGAUAAACAGGAUCCUUAAACUGACCCAGCAAAUAUUUUGAAAUGUCGAUGAUUUCCAAAGAGAUUGUUUUUCUUAAAUGUUUUGAAAAUGGUGGGUGAAUGUUUUAUUCUAAGUGUUGUCCAUUAAAGUUUUUGUUUUUCAACCAAUGGUGCUAUUUCUAAAAUUUGUUGUUAUAGGAACUCAUUUGAAUUUCAAUCUUUGAAUUGUGACAUAUUAUUUGCAACUUUAGGAUCUGCAUUAUGUGUAAAUGUAUAUAUUAUUUUCUCUACACUAUUUGUUACUGUGUACAUGUCUGGACAUCAUUAGUAAUCUCAGAAUGCUAUUUUGUUAUUGUAAACAAUUAUUUUUCAAAUAGACUUUUUAUCUUCUGCUUAUGAGAUCUGAUUUUUAGUUUCAUUAUUAGAUGACAUUGUGAUAUACAUUUAUUCUUUUUGUAGCUCUUGCUAAGUUAAUGUCUCAAUUCUCAGUGUCCCACAAUUUUUUCUAUUUUUAUUUUUACUAGAAAAUUUUAACUUUUAAUUCUAAAAUGUAUAGCAAAUUUUUAAGA